CUCUUGGCCUUGGUCAAGUUCAGCUCCUGUCUGCUCACUCUCUCAUCCUCUUGCUCCCACCAUGAGCUGUCGCUUUCAGAGUUCUUCCAUGAGCUAUGGAGGUGGUUUCGGGGCUGGUUCUUGCCAGCUUGGAGGAGGCCGUAAUAUGUCUACCUGCUCUUCUCGGUUUGUCACUGGAGGCUCAACUGGAGGCUAUGGAGGUGGCAUGAGCUGUGGCUUUGGUGGAGGGGUUGGUGGUGGCUUUGGAGGUAGCUAUGGCGGAGGUUUUGGCGGUGGCUUUGGUGACUUUGGAGGUUCCAAUGGUGGCCUCCUCUCUGGCAACGAGAAGAUUACCAUGCAGAACCUCAAUGACCGCCUGGCCAGCUACCUAGAAAAGGUGCGCGCCUUGGAGGCAGCCAAUGCCGAUCUGGAGGUGAAGAUUCGUGACUGGCAUCUGAAGCAGAGCCCAGCUAGUCCAGAGAGGGACUACAGUGCUUACUAUAAGACCAUAGAGGAGCUCCGGAUCAAGAUUCUGGAAGCCACUACCGACAAUAACCGGAUCAUCCUGGAGAUUGACAAUGCCAGGCUGGCUGCAGAUGACUUUAGGCUCAAGUAUGAAAAUGAGCUGACCCUGCGCCAGAGUGUGGAGGCCGACAUCAAUGGCCUACGCAGGGUGCUGGAUGAGCUGACCCUGGCUAAGACUGACUUAGAAAUGCAGAUUGAGAGCCUGAAUGAAGAACUGGCUUACCUGAAGAAGAACCACGAAGAGGAGAUGAAAGAAUUCAGCAACCAGGUAGUAGGCCAGGUCAAUGUGGAGAUGGAUGCCACUCCUAGCAUCGAUCUGACCCGUGUGCUGGCUGAGAUGAGGGAGCAAUAUGAAGCCCUGGCAGAGAAGAAUCGUAGGGAUGCCGAGGCAUGGUUCCAGGCCAAGAGUGCAGAGCUGAGCAAGGAAGUAUCCUCCAAUGCUGCCAUGAUCCAGACCAGCAAGACAGAGAUCACAGAGCUCCGGCGCACACUCCAGGGCCUGGAGAUUGAGCUGCAGUCCCAACUGAGCAUGAAAGCUGGCCUGGAAAGUACCUUGGCAGAGACAGAGUGCCGCUACGCCCUGCAGCUGCAACAGAUCCAGGGGCUCAUCAGUAGCAUUGAAGCCCAGCUGAGCGAGCUCCGAAGCGAGAUGGAGUGCCAGAACCAGGAAUACAAGAUGCUGUUGGACAUCAAAACAAGGCUGGAACAGGAAAUCGCUACCUACCGCAGCCUGCUAGAGGGCCAGGAUGCUAAGAUGACCGGCUUCAGCUCUGGAGGAAAUAGCACUACUACCUCCAACGUGUCCACCUCCCCCUCCACUUCUGGUCGCCCAGAUUUCCGGAAGUAUUAAUUCCACCUGGCAUCCCUUUCCUGGUUCAGCAUCCGCAGGAGGAGAGCUGAUGGCACCUGUAGGAUGACAGGACUGCAGGAAGUGAAGCCCAGUCCCAUUGUCCCCCAGGAGCCAUGGCUCUGACAACCCCUGAGGGUGGACCCUUCCCCAUCUCUCCUGAUUGGAAUCCUUCUCCUCCCUACCCUGUUCUUCCUAUUCUUUGGUUCCUCAAUGUCCCUACUACAAAGAAUAGAUGAUUCAAUAAAGUUUCUUGAUUUUUCUGCAAA